AGCAGUUUCACUGGGGACAGCCGAACAUUACCGGGAACUACCGAAAUGGGAACCGAAAGUCCCGUUUAUUGUGUGUACUUCCUGGUCCAAUUAUAAUACUCCCUAUAUGCCUCCGUGAAACGCAGCGCUUGCGUCCGAACGACGGAUGGGAGCGCAGAAACAACGGAUGUGGCCUCAGUGUUAUUAUUGAUGUGUCCAGACAUCCGCAGCAGACUGUGCAGCCUGAUCGUGGCCAAUUUUGGACGUGCGAGCGACGCAACUCCUGCUCGAAAUACAAUUUUUCUUUUGUCUGCGCAACUGGGAGCAACAUAUGUGAUGUGUGAUAAGGGAUUGGGAAGUAAACACUCAGGCCUGCGCUCAUGAUCAGAGGCGAGGUGAGAUUGAUACCUCGGACUCAGAUUGCCCUUGAUUCCAAGUUGAUUUCACUCCGGAGCGGAGGAACUGUCUGCUCCAAUGGCGUCAGUUUCCAAGGUCUCUAUUCUGGAUUACUUUAACAUUGUGUUCGAAGGGGAAAAUGGGAAAAUCGAGUCCAACUGUAAGGCUUGUGGCACCAGGAUCCAGGCGAAACGGAGCGUCACGUCCAACUUCGUAACGCACCUUAAGCGUAAGCACCAGGCUAUGUAUGAUGACUUUGUCAAAAGGAAGGAUAUGAAGAGAGAGGGUUACUCCUCUGCUUCCCUGCACAGUUUCAACGCCAAUGGAGGGAAUACCCGCUACACACUCCCUGUUAGUGCUGGAGUGGGAGGAGGAGGUGGAGGAGUAGCAGGUGGAGUUGUUGGAGGAAUGGGAACUCUUGAGGGAGGAGUAGGAGGAGGCUCUGGAGGAGGGGUGACCAAAUUUGACAGACAUGAUCCACGUCAGGUUCUGAUUUCUGAGGCUAUAGCUAAGAUGAUUGUGCGUGAUCUCCAGCCAGUGUCCAUAGUGGAAAAUCAAGGCUUCAGAGAGUUGCUUCAGCUCCUGGAGCCACGUUACACCCCUGAGCCCCAGCAUUACAUCCAAAGCCAACUUCUUCCAGCCUACGCCUACCAGGCCCAGCUGGCCACCCGUCAGGCCUUGGCCUCAGCACACGCCCUUAGCCUCAGCCUGGAUCUCUGGAGAGGAUUAUCUGGAGUCACUUCAGGGUACCUUGGUGUCACCUGCCAUUUUCUUACAUCUGAGUGGCAAAUGCGCUCAGCUCUCCUGGCAUGCCUUCCACUGACUGGUGGCAGCUCUGGGAAUCGCAUACUUUCCGAAUUUGACGAAGUAUGUCACUCUCAUGGCGUGUCAGGCAGAGCAUUUCGUGUUGUGGCAGACCCUCUCCUGCCGACGAGAGCAAGCGGAAAGCCGUGCUGCCUUCCUGGUUUUCUGCUUUCACCUCCUCUCGGUAACGGCCAAGAUGGAAAUGAUGAAGAAGAGGUGGACAGUAGUAACGAUGUGGAGCAAGGGAUCAGGAAUGGCCACGGUGACGCUGGAGAAGAAGGAGAAUGGGAAUACACAUGGGAGCAGGGUUUGGGCGUUUCUCGGGUGGACUGUUUCUCUCGCUCUCUUGAACAGUGUGUCAGGGAAGGGCUGCGCUCCUGUCCACAGCUCUCGUCCACACUGGCAAAGGCAGCCUGUUUCUACAACUACAUUACCUCUGCCGUCCCACCUGAGAAGCUCAGCCAAGUGUUCGAUGGUCCAGGGUUGAUGAUGGGGGGACAAGGAAAUUUCCCAGAGGCAGCACAAGACUGGGCUGCUCAGCUUAAGGUCCUUCGGCGGCUGCUGGACUCUGUGGAUUUCCUGGAGGAGAUGAGUGGUCCAGGGGAACUGGGGCUGGGUGGUACAGAGAGAGCCCUGCUGAGGGAGUUCACGGACACUUUGGAGCCCUUCACUGAGGCCUGGGAUAUGGUGCACGGAGACAGACAAGCAGACGCACAGACAGACAGACAUGUGUCUAUCAGUCUCGCUCUGCCUUGUGUUCUCGGCCUCCGCAAGCAUCUCUCCGAGACCUCCACCCCCCACUGCCCCUCCUUGGUUGUGGGCCUCAGCCAGGCUGUAGAGCGUCUUCUUGCGCCUAUCCUGGAGAACCCCCUCUACAUCACUGCCACCACCCUGGACCCCCAGUUCAAACUUACUUGGAGCAGUAACCCUGACUGGCACAGACAAGUUAUCAUAGAGGAGGUAUCCAAACACUCCACAGCCUCCAGCCCCGUAAAUCUCAACACAGACCUUCAUCCACAGUCCCACACUCCUCCUGCCCCAGCUCCAUCACCGAUCUCCUCACUUUCUCGUCCCUGCAAGUUGUUCUCUUUCAUCAAGCAGAGACCCACAACACAGGCCAAGAGCCUAGAACAGGAAUUGGCUAUCUACCUACGUGAGGAACCCACAGACGAGGAGGCUUUGCACUACUGGCGACGUAAAGCUAUUGACUUCCCUCUGCUUGCCCAGGUGGCCAAGAGAGCUUUUACCAUACCUGUUUGUGGUACUGUGGUGGAGAGCAUUUUCACUACAGCUGGACGCUUUCUGCUGCCAGAGAGAGGCUGUGUCUUACCAAAGAACCUGGAGACGCUCAUCUACCUCAAAGCCAACUACAGAUUAUUAUGGACUUAGAGCUCUUUCUUUACACUUGCAGUAAAGUAACUUCUUGGAUUCUAACCUCUAUACCCUUCUAAGGGAAACUGAGCUAGCACGAUAACAUAAUCCUCAUACUGCACAUGAUUUCAUAUCAGAUAGAAUGAAUCACCAAGAAGAAUUUCAGAGCUGCAACUCAUUUUAAUCCUCAAGAUCGGUUUUGCCGGCUACAGUGGGCGUGGAUGGCUGUCUGCUUACCCUCGUAGCCUACAGACUAUCGUACCACAUGCUGCGGACUGAGUUUGCUGGAAGCAGAUCAAUACUAAAGCAUUUACUUUGACAUUAUUUUGCCUGAUCAGGGUCUCCAGACAACCACAGAUCUCCCUCUUUCUCAUGUAUCCAUCAGUCAACACUGAAAAACCAACAAUAACCAGCUAGUCACGUUUUGCACACUGUAGCAACUCAUGGUUUUUUUUAGCCUUAGGUUGUGAUUCAUUAUUUCGAUGCUAUUUUUAAAGGAAGACAUCAACUGCUCAACAGUAUGUUAAUGCACCGUUCAAUCUUUGUUUUAACUAUGUGUGUGUGUGUAUGUGUGCCUCAUCACUGGGAGAUGAUAAUAAAUUAGUUUCACUUACUUUAA